GUUUCAAUGGCUAUAAACUGACAAGUUGGUUUUCACUCCAGCCGGACAGGAUUAGAAGGAACCAUAUCUCCGUCUGAUCAAUCCCGUCGUUUUGAUUUCACUCCAACAAUGGCGUCAAAAGAUUACGACUCCGAUGGAGCGCAUCCGGCGACACUGCAACACGACGCGAGUGGGUCAGCUAGCAGCGAGACGAGUGUGCACCCGGCCGUCGGGCGUUCGAGCGGGCAACACGAGUUUACGGCUAAGCCGACGAUUUCCGAUUGUCAGCAGGUCUGUUCGUUGUUGGCAGAAGUGCACGGAGGAAUGCCGGUCCGGCCGGCGCGAUUGGCGGGGGCGACGGAGGAAGCCGAGGGAGUUGAGGAUCUCGCUUCAAGGACGAUUGCGACGGAGUGUGGGGAGGUAGGCGAGGUGCUCGAUGGCUUGGUCCGGACGAUCCUGAGCCAACACACCUCAAGGGCGAACUCGAGCCGCGCCAAACAAGCCCUCGACCAACACUUCGGGACGGGCAAUUAUCACGCCAUCCGGCGAGCUUCUGUCUCCUCUAUCACUGCUGUCCUUCAAGACGCUCGCGUCGGUCUCGCCGCUCGAAAAUCCACGACCAUUCAUGCCCUCCUUAAUCAUAUACAUCUUAACCUUAAUCCCGACUUGAGCCUCGAGUUUCUUCGCUACCUCCCUGAUUCUGAGGCCAUGGAAACUUUGACUUCUUUCAAAGGCGUCGGGGCUAAGACUGCAAGUUGCGUCCUGCUGUUCUGUCUCGGUAGGAACUUUUUCCCGGUCGACACACAUGUCUUUAGGAUCACCAAAGCCCUGGGCUGGCUGCCUCCCGGACCCACCGCAACCAGGGAGAGCGCCUUCAAACAUCUCAACCAGGCUGUCCCUGAUCACCUCAAGUAUCCCUUACACAUACUCCUCUUCCAGCAUGCCCAACAAUGUCUUGUCUGUAAACGGAUUAGCUCUAAACCAUCUCAUCCCUUAUGCCCUUCCAAAAACAAGUCAACUAUCACCCCCAGAAGGGGAGCUGCGGAUUUACUGUUAGGAAGGGAAAAUAUGCAUCAGGCCAACCAUACCAUGAUAAUUGAGUUAUGUGCAGCCAGACGAGAAUGCAAAGAGGCAAAUGAGAAUACCGAGGCAGGAAAAAGGAUUUCGACCUUCGUCCAGUGCGAUUAA